UUACCCAAUAUCCUUUCGUUCAUCUUCGUUUGCGGUGACCACAUGGUUCGAGUAACUACCGGUUUUGAAGCUUGAGCUUCGUUUUGUUAUACAAGAUGCGGGCUCUGGAAGUGGUAAUCUCGUUACUGCUGGCCGCUGUACCAGUCAUUGCUGCAAAUUCAGCCGCAGAGGCCCCUACUUGUGGUGCGCUGUGUAUUGGUCUCACGACUGUACACUCGGGGCUGUGUAAUGUAACAGAUAUCGAGUGCAUUUGUACAAAUGCAGCCUUGAACGCCGAGAUCCAGUCCUGUGUGACAGCGAACUGCACCAUCAAAGAGGCACUGCAAACACAAAAAUACAGCUAUGGGUUAUGCGGGAGACAAGGAGAAGAUCGAACAGCCCUGGUCUGGAUUGUAGGCAUCACAUUUGGAGCAAUAGGACUUUCAGCUUUCGGCCUGCGGUGCUUAGCAAGGCUGCACCUGGGUGCACAAUCAUGGGGCAUGGAUGAUUGGGUUAUGUGUGCGGCUAUACUUCUUAUGAUACCGCUCUGUGUAUUGUCCGUUCCUCUUACGCAGCAUGGCCUCGGUCUUGAUAUGUGGUUUGUGGACUUUGAUGACAUCACGUCCAUCCUCUAUUAUUACUUCUGGGAUGAGAUGCUUUAUAUCACUGCGCUUGCCCUAACGAAAGUCUCGAUCCUUUUUUUCUACCUCAAGGUCUUCCCGAAACGAUCAUUCCGAAUAAGCGCCUACGUCUUGAUUGCACUCAAUAUUUGCUAUGCCCUGGGGUACGAUUUAGUCUUAACAUUCCAAUGUUCACCGAUCGAUGGCGCAUGGUUGAGCUGGGAUGGCGAGUACAACGCCAAGUGCGUGAGCAUCAAUAUCCUCGGAUGGUCUGCUGCCGCGAUCAACAUUGCUCUGGACCUGGCAACAAUCAUUCUUCCACUGCCUGAAUUGUUCCAGCUUUCUAUGUCCUGGAAGAAGAAGGUCCAAAUUUUGCUGAUGUUUAUGGUUGGGUUUUUUGUCACUGUUGUCAGCGCUGUCCGUCUACGAUCACUCAUCGAGUUUGGCACGACCAGCAACGUCACUCAGGACUACGUCGAGGUCGGUUACUGGUCGACAAUCGAGGUUCCGGUUGGCAUUAUCUGUGCAUGCAUGCCUGCAAUUCGAUCACUCUUCAGCCAAGUCUUCCCCUCAAUGUUCGGCACAACCCGAGGCGAUACCAAAUCAGGAUACACAUUCGGACACAGUCAGGGCUAUCCGUCGAAGAUGACGGGUCCGUCAAGGCUUGCCAGCAACGCAGGUAGCGCGCAGAUCAGAGUGAAGCAGGAAUGGACAGUAAUGAGCAAUCCUGCUGAGAACCGAAGUGAUGUAGAGUUGAGGUCGUUCGAGCAGCAGAUCGCAGGAGCUGACUCGCCUAAGAGAAUAACCUUUCAUAAGAACAGGCUUGAUGAAUGGAGUAAGACGGAAAAAUCUCCUACGAGGGGCCCAAGGAGACAGGACUCCCGGGAUAGUCACGAGACGGUUGUUUAGAUACAUCAGAACUGCACAAGUGAUGGAAUUUCAUAGACAUAAAUCACACAUAGAAUUGAAACCAAUUUCAC